AUGACGAAGCUCCCACACCCCCAGCAGCAAGCAGCGCUGCAGAGCUCUCCCAACGCGCACCUCGACGCUUUUGAUGACGUCACGCGCUUGGAUCCCGAGGAACGGGCAGCGUCGUUGAUUCAGAGAGUUUAUCGCGGCUACCGUACACGUCGAGAACUGCGAGGAUGCAGUGUGGCUGCGUCCACUCGAUGGCUGGAUGAUAUGAAAAACACCAAACAAAAACCCCGCGAAUCGCCUGCGAGCCCUUUGCCCGAUGCCGAGCCCGAUGAUAAGACCACCAGUCCAGCACGCAAGAACUGGGAACGAGCAGUCGGUGUUGCGAUGCAAGCUAGCGGAGAGGAUCGGUCAUCUCUGAAUCAAGAGCGCUGUGAGCAAAUGGACCAUCAUCAAGGCUUCCGCGAUGCCACUGCUGCCCCGAGAACUUUAGGCCUGGAAUAUUUCCUCGAAAUGGUGGAUUCCAAACACCGUCAUGGUAGCAAUCUGCGCGCUUACCAUAAUUUUUGGAAGAACUCCCCGACCAAGGAAAACUUCUUCUAUUGGCUUGAUUAUGGCGAAGGAAGGGAGAUUGAGCUUCCAAAAUGCACGCGUGAACAGCUCGAGAAAGAUCAAGUUCGCUAUCUAUCCCCGGGGGAACGGUUCAACUAUCUGGUCAAGGUGGAUGAAGCGGGCUUGCUGCGGUGGGCUAAAGACAAUGAGCUGGUCGAAACCGAUAAUACGCGCUUCAAGGAUAGCCUCCAUGGAGUGGUUCGCAUUGAGGAUGACAUCCCGCGACCUGGAGACUCGAAUUCAUCACAAUCAUCGUCUUCACGCAUCCUACGCCGCGACAGGCAGAAGGAAGAGCCAAACGCCUCUACCCGAGAAGACUAUGAGCUUGGGAAGGCAGUCAAGAAGUUUUCGCGCAUCCGUCCUGCAGUCAUCCACGACCAUUUCGCCGGAGGUCGGUCAACCAAUGACGGAAUGUGGAUUUUUGUCGCAGACACGUCGUUUCGGAUCUACAUCGGCAUCAAGGAGCCAGGUGCCUUCCAGCAUAGCUCAUUUUUAAGGGGUGGGCGAAUCACUGCAGCGGGCCUCAUUAAAACCAAGAACGGACAAAUUCGUAGUCUGGCACCUUUGAGUGGUCAUUAUCGCCCCCAUGUUGCCAACUUUCGUGCGUUUCAUCACUCGCUGCAAGAUCGAGGUGUUGAUUUGUCACGAGUAUCGAUCACCAAGUCAUACGCGGUCCUUGCUGGUAUAGAAGGCUAUACUUUGACCAAGCACAAAAUACGUGAUGUUCACGAAAAGUUGGAUGAAGCUAAGGAAAAGCUUCAUUUGAUGCGCUUGCAUACAGAAGAUACAGAAGACUCAAACAAGGAAACGACUUGA